AUGGAAGUGCCAGCCGAUGAGGUUGUUCUUGAUGGGGAACAGAGGGAUUUGGAAGAGAGUGGUUCCGAUGAAGAGGCUCCCUCUACUUCCGGGAGCUCUGGAGUACGCGAGGUAGACGGCGAGGGAGCCGCCUCCUCUAAUGAAGCCGACGAUGCUAAGGCCGGCCAAGGGUCAAGGGCCGAAUCUUCCGGCUCCGACCAAGAUAAUUUUGCGGCUGACUAUCAGCAGCCGCCUAAGGUCGCUGAUAACCCCAAUACUAAACGGACCCGGAUGCUGCCGGGACUCCGCCAAGAGAAUUCCACGAUCCUUCUCCAAGCUGCUCAAAAGGCAAGGAGACGAUCUGGAGAAAACUCCGGCUGCGAAGGCCGCCAGAAGGACCCUCCUCCCCAGAAACAAUCUUCUGCCCAAUCCGGUCGUCCAACGACCGGGGGCAAAUCGCUUGCUGCGAUGAAAAUUCUGAGCGAAAGCUCAGAGCGCUCACAGCAGAAAGCGCCGGAUGCCUCUACGGCAUCGAAGGGUGGCGAGCCACCUAUUGUUGCAGCCGGUGCGGCAACACCUGGGGAGGAGCAGAAGCCUGCGCCCCAUCCGGAUACCCAAGAAGAAGCCCUGAAGAUGGUUGACCAGGACAAGACUCCUGCCAAAUCAGCGGCGCAACUGCGCAAGGAGGCGGCUCUUGCCAAAAAGGCAGCCGUCGAGGCAAAGGACAAGAAAGGCGGGGAGUCCGCUAAGAGAAUCCCUCGAUCAUUCUCCAAGCUUCUCAAAAGGAAGGGAGAUGGUCCGACUUCUGACCAGCCCGACCUUCCAAGCUUCGCAAAGCGGAUGGUGAGGAUCCUCACCCGGUCCGAGAAGGCAUCCAUACCUGAUCUGCAGGUUGUGGACUUUGACCGGAUAAUGGGCUCUCUGGCUGAGGAGGAGCUGAUCCGGAGUUUAACGGCUGCAAAUGAUGAAGCUAACAGCCGGGCUGAUGACCUUGACAAGCAGCUGAAAGAUGCCAAGUCUGAUCUCAAGGCAUUAGAGGAUUCUAACAAAGAGAAUGCCCAACUCCGGACUAACAAUUACCGCUUGAAGCUUGAGCUCAUGACCCUGCGCAACAAGCAGGCGGAUGAGCUGGCCCAGGAGCAGACCCGGCUGACCGAGGAGAAUGAGCGGGACAACUUUGCCCGGCUGAAGAUCACCUGGGGCCUCCUUUACCCAGAAAUAGACUUUGAAGUCUAUAAGCUGAGGUAUGAUUACGCCACUGAGGUGUAUGAUGCCCAGCAACUGGGUGAUGCUCCACCGCCUCGCUUCAAAGACUGGGCUUCUGAGCAGGGAUAUGAAGUCUCUGAUGAUGAUGAGGAGCAGGCGGAUGAUCAGCAGAAGGGCCAAGCCAACUAA